UGCAAUGCAGACAUUCGACACUAGAUUUGUUUAGACAAUUUACAAGAUUGCCAGACGCUAGUGAAGUACAUUGAUUGCGGACAGUCGGAACCGAGCACCGUUACAAGAGUGGCUGUGUUAUAUUUUACGCUGUUUUAACUUUGAGUCUUUGACACGCUAGUUCAGGGUUUUGUGUUUCUUGCGUGCAUCCUACUCCCUAUUCUGUAUGUACUUUUACACUAUCGCUUUCACCCGCAGAAAGCAUGUGUGUGCUAUUCACUGAUUUUUCAAAUAUUUUCGAAAUCAUUGCAAACCUUUCCAGUUAGUACACUAAGUUUAAAACGAGUGAUUUCCGACAGGCGGAUUCAGGGUCUACUGUAUUUUAGUAACGUUCUUUUCAAAACAUAAUGUCUCAAAGCUAUAGAAGCUGUAAUUUAUAUUAUUUAUUUUGUUGAGACUAUAUUUUUGUUGCUUUAAUGAUUUAAUUUAACAUUUAUCAUGUUUUUAUUCAAAAUAUUUAAAUACAUACCAAGAUAUCACUUGACAAACAUGACAGAAGUGAUACAGAACCAUGCCCCAAAGCGACCCGGAGUGGGUCUGGGAGUGUUGGUGACUGAUUCCUCCCACCCAGGAUGUGUGCUCUUAGGAAAGAGAAAGAGUUUGGUUGGGAAAGGCCUGUAUCAGCUACCUGGAGGUCACAUUGAAUUUGGAGAAUCAUGGGAGCAGUGUGCGCAGAGAGAGGUAAUGGAGGAGGCAGGAUUACAACUAAAAAAUCUUCGUUAUGCAUAUGUAGUGAACUCAAUAAAGCUUGAAGAAGAUUAUCACUACAUCACAAUCUUCAUGCAAGGAGAAGUGGAUAAGAUCUUCCAGUCUGAGCCAGUUAACAUGGAGCCGGAGAAAAACGAGGGCUGGACAUGGAGAAUAUGGGAGGACCUUCCUCCAGAGGACCAACUUUUCAUGCCACUGGCCUGUUUAAGAGAACAGGGUUUUCAACCAUUUAAGAACAUUUGAUGUAAUCAGGAAACUGUUUAUCCUCACUCAUGUGAUGUACUAACAAUGUUUACUUUUUAACCUAAAGAAAAAUAAUAAAAUAACCGUUACAUGUAAUUACUAGUUGUGAUACUAAAAUAGCAAGAUAUCAUGUUUGCACUAGUUUUUAUUCCAAUGUAGAAAUUUUUAAUUCCCUUUGCAAUUCCUCUACCAUGCACCACACCCAUGCUGGCUGAGGAGAUCUGCAAACUACCACACACUCUCCCCAACACAUGUAAAGCCACUGCUUCUUUAUUAUGGCCAGAGCUCUAACAGUUACUGAGGAACACGCUAUGCCCUCUUGCUUUCUCUUUCUAUUGCUUUC